GCCUCAUCCUCCUGUCCCUUGUCCUCCUGCAUAGCAACCUCCGCAUCCGAUUGGAUACAUUGCGCAUGCCCAAGGAUUUAUUCGACAAAAGGUAACCACUCCGACGCGGUAGCAAGGUUAGGAUUAAUUCCUUUCGCACGCGAUUGCAGCUGCUGGAAAAUGCAAGUGGCUGAAUUUAGCUCGAGGGAUGGCGGCGAGCAACGGCCGAGAACGAUUACAGUUGGUCCUUUUGAGAUGCCUAGCCGGGUUAAAGGCUAUCUUGUAACGUCACAUCCACUCCGCCAUUUACAUAUGAGUAGCACAGCUGAGCCUGAAGCCUGCACAUGGCAAGCUUUUGGUCUGCCACAAGCUUUCGUGUGACGCGAACGAGAUCGAGAUAUAAGUACGAAGCUCCUCAAUCUCCUAGAAGACGAAGAGGCUCUGCGCUAGAAGAAUCGGACAAGAAGGAAUUCAAGAGCAAGAACAGUCCAAGAUGCAUCAUCACCUUCUCACUCUCUCCGCUGCUGCUGGCCUCCUCGCUACGGCCUCAGCUACCUACUCGAAGCUUCCCAGUGUCAAUGUGCCCUCAUGUCCUCGUGUCGGCACAAUUAGCUACAGCAAGUCAGUGCCCGACCUGACGCCCUUCCCGCUCACGCAGGUCAACCUGUGCUACACAGACGAGAGCCUCGAGCUCUCAUUCAUUGCCUACGACGAGGUCAAUUACUUCUUCAACGCCUCACAGGGCACAAACGACGACAUCUGGGAGUACGAAGUCAUGGAGGCCUUCCUCUACAAGGGCACCGAAGACCCUCAGACAUACGUCGAGCUCGAGGUCAACCCCAACAACGUCACAUACCAGGCGUUCGUUUACAACCCCUCAAAGAAUCGCGCGGUCGGCGCGCCCUUUGACCACUUCUUCGUUUCGGAUCCCGCUACGGACGGCUUCAGCGCAAAGACGGUCCUCAACAAGCCCGCGAAGACUUGGAAGAGCACUGUUACUGUCCCUCUGGGCAUCUUCAACGUCGACGUCGGCAAGGCCAAGGGCACAUCUUGGAGGAUGAACUUUUUCCGAACUGUCGUCAGCCCUGAGAUUUACCCUAACCAGACUCUUGGUGGAUGGUCGCCGCCGGACCAGGCAAGCUUCCAUAUUACAAAGUUCUUUGGUCAUGUCAAAUUUAUUUGAUCGGGAGGAUAUGGGGUUUCGAUUGGUGUUUGCGAGCCGUAAAGCGGAAUUACAAAGCACAUUGUACAUAAUGCGGCAUG